AUGAAGAAAAACGGAAGGGCCCCCGUCCCCGGCCCAGACGACAGCUCCCUCCGGCAUAGACACCUGCAAUUGACAAAUACCCUGUAUCUAGAAUCGUCUGCCGACAGGCUCCCGAACCAGCCAGAUCCAGACCUGCUUGUGUCUUGGAUCGAUGGGUUGAAGAACAGAGUGGACGACACGCUUGAAAAGCAGCAGCAAGAGCUCCUGCAGCUACGUAUUUCUGUGAAGAAGGAGGAUUUGAAGGAGCGGUACCGCCACGAGGUUUUCCUGGCUCCAUUCGAUAAACUAGGUGAGCUUCUACAGCAACAAGGCGAUGGAAAAGAAGAAGUCAGAGGAGAUUCGCCGUAUCCUGAAGAACAACAGGCUGGUUCUGGUGAUGAGGAAAGUGAAGAAUUGUCAGAAGCCCUAGAAGAGGAGGACGAUGAUGAUAUCGUUGAGGUGCUUACUGAGGAAGAAGAGCAACAGCCUGAGGAAAGUGAAGAAGAGGAUGAGGAUGAGGGGGAGGAAGAAGAAGAGGACGAGCAUUCGGUCCACGAAAAUGCCCAUCACAGCGUUCCCCACGCUCUACAUCCCGAAUUGAGUCAGUUUGCUGAACAGGCUCUCGGUGCAGAAGAACCCUUUGAAGCCGAGGACUACUACGAAGAUGAAGUUGAUUUGGACAUGGAGGACCACGACGGCGAGUUUGAUGACGAGCUUGCUGAGGAAACUAAUAUGUUUGCUACGCCGAAGUACCAGCUUCGGGACGGCCGGCCUCGGCUUUCGGACUUCCCAGUUCAGCGAGAAGACGAGGACGAAUCUGAGGAAGAAUCUGAGGACGAAUCUGAGGCAGAAUCUGCUGAAAAUCAGGAACUUGAUCAAGCAAGCCCUGGCGACGAAGACGAUGGCAUCAUUGUUCUCUCCAGUGACGAGGAACAAAAACAGUCUGAAGCCGAACCAGAGGUACCUACCUUCCAGCCUGCCAACGAACCAGAGCAUUACAGUGAAGUUGAGGGAUCUGACGAUGCUGCUCAAGUAUCCGAACAGGAGUCUGAGCAGGAGUCUCGCUCUGAAAACUCGGAGGGCGAGUCAGAAGCUGAAUCUGGCAACGAGUCAGAUGGUGUUUCUGAAGCUGGUGGAAACGAGCAGACUGGCUUUGAAUCGGACGACGAGCCGGCCGAAGACGAUACCGUCGACUCUUCAAAAUACUUUGCUACUGCUAAUGAUUCCUUAGACAACAACCAUUUCGCUGGAAUUGCAUCAGAGGCAUUGACCGAGCACGUAUUGCUGGAUCUGAAACACCCCUUGGACCGUAUGCUAAGCGACUACCUUGCUGAUGUCGAAUCCGAUGGCGGUGCCUUUAAGCCUAGCAGCCAGACAACUGAACCCAUGCCGAUUUUCGAUCAUAAUCAAAUUGAGACCCCUGCUCCAGAGAAGUUCGAUUUGGGAACUCUGUCUGCUGACAAAAAGAGUGAAGAUCCUAGCGAGGGCUCAAUGGCUGAUGCCGACACAGACAAGGUCGAGGAAACUCAAGAAAGUGAUGUUCCCCCUCCCAUGCCCAGCAUUCCUGUUUUCCGAACCGUCACUCCAGACUCUCCCAACACUACACUUCAGCAACUCAAGGCCACAGAGAAGCGCUUUGGCAUCAAGCUUGACGCCGUCAAAGACCUUGAAGCUGAGCUUGGCUUGCCACAUUCUACAUCUUCUGAUAGUGAAUCUGAGCCAGAAAACUUCGUCGAUGCUCCAGCAUACCAGCCACUUGAACUCUCCAUUCAACCAGACAGCGAUGCAGAAGAGUCUGAGGAAAAAGCAGACGAUAAUGUGGAAGUCAACAUGGAAGAAGCACUCCAGUCGUUUAUAGAGGAAGUGCAACUGAAGGAUGACUCCAAGAACGAUCACGAUUUGCACAAUCUUGGUCAAUCCAUUGACAAUGUGUCCUCGCGUCUCGCCAAUGAAGCUGUUGAAGCCUACCUUAAGAACGUUAAAGAUCAUGAUGAACCUGAGGUAGACCCGAUGGAAGUUGACAAAGAGGAAGAGCAAACCAAUGAUCGGCAUCGUCUGCACGAUAAGAUUCCUAAAGUUACUGUCCAUACACUGGACGUCAGAAGCACAGAUACCCCAUCUGAUGACGAAAGCCAGGAGAACAACCGCACAAGACCUGGCUUCCAUCUGCUCAAGCUUGACAGUAGAGAUGGAAGCUUUCAGCAAGCCGACCAGCAUAACGACACAGACGACUCUUUGUCAUAUGUUUCCGCAAUUGAGACUGAAAAUUCAUCAACCCAGGCUUCACGUCAAGCUUCCUCCGUGAGCAUCCAGCUGGUCAACAACAAAGAAUUACCUUUUGAAGUUAUCAAGAAGGCACAAAAAGAUCCUCGUCAUAUUGUGCCCAUUUCUGUGGACCAGGAUGGUGAAAAGUACGAGAUGGCACCUUGUCCUGUCCCUGGUGGAUACAACGUUACGUUGAAGGAGGUCUCAUCUUUAGAUAACAAGGAGCCAUCUAUGGCUUCCCUGUCAAGUAUCAUCGUUCAUCCACCUCAGGAUUCUAUUGCUAGUGCUGCAAGUACAGCUACUUCAAUAACGAACAAUAAUGAUCAAGAAGGAAGGCACCUUUUCGGAGCUGCUUCUGCCCAUGCUGGCCAUGGCAAUAGCUCCGGUGAUGACAAAGAUACAGAUCGAGCUAACGCCAAUGCCUCUGCUGAAGCAGGCUCUCAUGGAAAGGACCACGAAGCUCAUGCAAUUGCAGAAGCAGAUGCAAACAAGUCUAAGGAUGGAGAAGCAACUGCCACUGCUGAAGCUGAAUCCAAAUCUGGAGAAGGUAAAGCUGAAGUGACUGCCAAAGCUGACGCUAAUUCUGGCGAUGGCAAAGCUCGUGCUAAGGCAAAUACAAAAUCCGAUGACCAAGGAUCCAGUGCAAAUGCAGAAGCUGAUAGUAAAUCAGAGAGUGAUAGCAGUCUGGCAAAGGCAAGUUCUGGUGCUCACUCCAAUGGUGAUGAUCUGCAUGCUCAAGCCUCUGCUGAAGCUCAGUCCAAGAAAGGAAAUGCUUCUGCUUCUGCUGAGGCCUCAAGCUCCAAGGAUACGAAAGGUGAAGCUUCCCAGAAACCUGAUGAUGAGAAGUCUCAAUCUUCGCCGCAAAAGAGGUAUAGUAUUCAGGGGGGCGACAAAGAACCUAAUUACUUCCCAAUCCACCAAUCUCAGAAAGAAAAGGCUGGAAGUGAUCCGUCUGAGCUGUCUUCCGAUAACUCAGCCAACGUCCAACACCAACAGAAUCCAGCUGACUAUCAAAACCAGCCUGAAGAAUCUGGUAUUGAAUCUGCAACGAUUGAUGAGGAAGCUUCUGAUGAUAUGAAGCCCCAUGGCGCGAUUGAAGUCGAUGGAGAAGCUUCGGAUGGAAUGGAAGGCUACGAAGAUGCGGAAUCUGGUGACCAACCAGACAUUCAACAAGGUGAUGCUGGAGGUGCGACAAGUCCCGAGCACGAGAAAGAAGAACCAGAGAUUGAGCAGGAUAUUAAAGCCAAUGUUAAUGCUGAGACACUCGCAGAUGUUGAGUCAGAAAACGAGAUGGCUGAUCUUGGGUCCGAGUCUGAGGAUGUCGCUGAAGAAGGACCAUUGAUUAUCGAGCCCGAGGUACCUGAACCCAGGUAUGUUGUCUACGAAAGCGGUACAGUUAUUGAGGGCGUACAGCCCGCCUCUCCGACAUACAUCGAGGAACCUGAAGUGGAGAGUACUAGUGAUGAGCAAAUAUCCGAGGCUGUCGAGGAUCUUGUCACAGAAAUCUUCGCCCAUCUUGAUGAUGAUGCUGAGUCUCCUUCUGAAGUGAUCGAACCUGAGGACACCGUUACUGGUGUCAUUGAGGUGUUCGAGGAAACUACGGAUGUGAUCAGACCCACGUUGGUUGAUGAGCUUGAGUCUAGCAGAAACACUCCUGAGCCAGUUGACACCACGGUUCUGGCUGAAGAGAUCGAGGAACACAGGGGUUUGAAGAGACGCGGAGCCUCCAUCUUGGCUGCUCCUGCGAAGAAGUUGAAGUCUGUUGCUGGAAAGCUCAACCCAUUGCAUUGGUUUACUUCCAGUGACAACUCUCGUCCAAGCUCUGCGGAAUCUAAUAUUUCUGUUCCCGAACUUGACGAGGUGGAGGAUGACAGCAUGUCUGAAGAUGCAUCAUACGAUGAAACGACCUCUGAUUAUCUGGAUGAUGCCUCUAUUGGUUCUGAUGUCGAAAGCGAAGGAACUGUUGAGUCGGCAGAGCAAGGUUCGACAGACAACGUCGUUCAAGAAAUCGAAAGCAAUCAUCCUGACGAUAGCGUUUCUUUACCUGCUGGCCUUGAAGCUAUCGAGCCUACCGCCAUCGAAGUCACUAAAGCUUCCUGCAAUGGUGAACCCCAAGAGGAAGAUGAGUCUCGUGAAGCAACUGACAGUGCUCCUGGUUUCAUUGAUCAAUUAGGCGACGCCAUUAUCGACGACGUUGCUGACAAAGAAACCGAGAAAGAAGAAGCAGACGAUGAAGUUUCUGAUGAAGCCACAAACGAAGUAGCCAAUGAGAUUGUCAAUGACGCUGUCUUGGAAGCUUCUGAGGAAGUAGCCAAGCAUGUGCUUGACGAGGCUGCUGAACCGGCCGAGGGCGACGAAAACGAGGAUGCUGCUGACGAUAUCGCUGAGCAGAUUGCAAAGCAAAUUGAUGAGGAAGUUGCUGACGACCUCAUUGAAAAAGCUGCAUCCAAUGCUGCGGAGGCAGAUGUUUUGGCUGAUGACGAAGAGGAAAUCGCCGAGAAUAUGGAGCAAGGAUCGGGCGGUGACAUCGAGAUAGAAGAAGCAGAUCCAAAGCCAAAUGUUGAUAUCGAUGAGUUCGAGGCUCCCACUGACACUGAGCAAGAAGCUGCUACUAUUCCCUCACCACCUAAAAAUUCUAGGCCUUGGAGCGCUGCCAGUCUAGAGUCCAUGAGCCAGCUUGAUGAUUCAGUUCCGGCUCUUCCCCAAUUCAAUCUCAUUAGACCAACUUUAGAACGCUUGGCUUCCGCCAAUGACGAAGAAACACCUGCUCCUGAAGUUGUUGAAACUAAGGUAGAGGAUGCGCCCGUGGAAGACAUUGAAGAGCCUAGAUCUCCCAAGAAAGAUCCAUCAUCGGUGUCAGAGAUUUUCAAGAUUCUUGAGGAAAAGAUCAACGAAAAGAUCGAGAAAAGUCAAGAGUCAAAGGAUGACCAAGCUCAAGAGUCAAAGGAUGAACAAGUUCAAGAGCCUAAAGAUGAGCAAGUUCAAGAGCCAAAAGAUGAGCAAGUUCAAGAAGCUAAGGAGGAGCAAAUCGAAGAGCCUAUGGAUGAGCUGCCGCUUGAGAAGGAAGAGAACAUCGAAGAGCCAGUUGCUUCCCCAGUCAAGAAAAGAGGUCGUGGUCGUCCUCGUAAGAAGCCAUUCGAGCGUGUGGUCAAGGAAGAAAAGCCCAAAAAGCAUGUCAAACCUGGACGUCCUCGCAAGCAGAAGAUCACUCAGGAGGAAAUUGACGCCGCAAAUGAUGGACCUAGACGUGUCACCAGCGGUCUGAGGAGAAAGGAUGAUGCUGAUGAAGAAGUUGCUCAAGAUGAAGAUGCUGCUGAGGAGAAUGUUCAACCCGAAGCUGAGCCUGCUGAACAAAAAGAAGAGGAAGUGCAAAGAGAAGAGGAAGCCAAUGAGGAUGAAAAGGUUUCUGAGCCAGUGAAGCCCCAGGAACCUGUUGAUGCCCCAGUUGAUAGCAAACAAGACACUGAAGCGGCAUCUGAAACGCAGCAGCCACCAGCUGAGCAGCCCUCAAGCAUUGCCCUGAGAGUGAGAAGAAGAGCAGCAGCAGCCAAGCAUGAUGACGAAGAUGUUGAGAAGGAUGCUGAGGUACCUCAACCAGCACCGGAGGCUCCUCCAUCUGAAGCUGCUGUUGAAAAGAAGCAAGAUACACCAGCAGAAGAAGCUGCUAGUGAAAAGGAACCUGAGCAGCCAGCUCAAGAGCCUGAAGCACCAGCUGCCGAACCUCCAAAACGUCGUACUCGUGGACGCAAGAAAAAGGCUAAGCAGCUGCCCAAGCCUGAACCUGAAGAAGAGCCUCCUUUGAAGACUGAGGCUAAGGAUGAGGAGCCUGCUGAGCCUGAACAAAAAGGCACUUUGCAGCCAGGGUUGGCCAAGAAGGUGAAAAAGGAAGAGGAUGCUGAGCCCAAAGUUCGUGCACCAAGAACUAGACGCUCUACCAGGCAACAAAAGCCUCAUGAAGAGCCCGUGCCCUCGUCUCCACCACACUCACCUAACCAUCUCGCUCCUGGUUUUGAACCUGAACAGCAUCUUUCACCAACAAAAAGACGUGGAUCCAGAAAAAUCCGUGCUGCUGCACAAUCGUCACCUACAGCUGAAUUCAGUCCUCCUAUGCCUAGGCUGAGAACGGCUUCAGGAAGCAAAUGGCAGCUCGACCUGUUAGACCACCCAGCGUUGAGAACUAGAUCCAAAUCUCCAAUCAAGCGUACGAUCCAGGAACUCUCGCUGGAUAUGGAGGAGGAGCAGCCCAAGCGCAGAAGACGUAACGUCAGAAAGCAUGUUCAAGAAGUCGAUGCAGAAGAAAAAGAAAGAGAGGAGGAAGGAAGAGGCAGACGCAGACGAAGGGACUAA